CCAACCGCUUUCAACGUUUUUAACUGCGUUUACAGCAUUUUCAGUUUACCGAGGAAUUCAACCAACAACAAGAUGGAUUGUAUUUGCUUCAACUAACUGAAAACGUCCAGAACAUGUUGGAGAAAAGAGCCGGGGAGUUUCAUCUGGACGAGGAAGUCCGGGGAAAAAACGUGAAGGAACCGUUCGACAGUCAGUAUCACUGCGGCGCUCUGCUCGGCAGCGGCGGCUUUGGGUCGGUGUUUUCAGGCCAGAGGCUUUGUGAUGGACUGCAGGUUGCCAUUAAACAGAUUUCCAGAGACAGAGUUCAGCAGUGGGCCCGACUGCCUGGCGAGGUCGGCCCCGUUCCCAUGGAGAUCGCUCUGCUGCAGCGGCUGGUGGAGGUCGGGGGUCACGCCAGCGUCGUCCGCAUGCUGGACUGGUUCGAGGUGGAGGGGCGGGGCUUCCUGCUGGUGCUGGAGCGCCCGCCACACGGCCAGGAUCUGUUCGACUUCAUCACGGAGAGAGGAGCUCUCCCUGAACGCCUCGCACUCAGGUUCUUCCGGCAGAUCGUGGAGGGGCUGCGCUUCCUUCACGCCCACGGCGUCGUGCACCGAGACAUCAAGGACGAGAACAUCGUGGUCGACACGCGGACGCUCGACGUCAAGAUCAUCGACUUUGGAUCCGGAGCUCCGCUCAAAGAGACGCCAUACAGCGAGUUCGAAGGUACGCGGGUCUACAGCCCCCCUGAGUGGAUCGUGUCCCAGUCCUACGAGGCCGUCCCUCUCACCGUCUGGUCUCUGGGCGUGCUGCUCUUUGACAUGGUGUGCGGUGACAUCCCGUUCGAGCGCGACCAGGAUAUCGUCGGCGCAGCGCCCGUUUUCACCAGACGGGUCUCUAAAGAAUGCCAGUCUCUGAUUCGCUGGUGCCUGUCGUACCGUCCCGAGGAGCGUCCGACCCUGGAGGAGAUCCUGUCCCACCCCUGGAUGGAGGGAGGCGAGGCAGAGGAGGAGGAGCACAGCUCUCUGCCCAACCAGUCCCUGUGACGGGACAAACAUUAAACGUAGCCCUGAACGCACCGGCCUCCUGACGGGACAAACAUUAAACGUAGCCCU